AUGUAUCAGCACCUCGGUAUCGAAUUAAACGAAGGGGCGCCAAAUGCUCCCAUUACUCCCCCAUCAACCCAGGUUGCAUCCGCAUCUGGUUCCAAUUCAAUCGCACAGCCGUCGUCAUCCACAACGCCAUCUCUUCCAAGCAGCAGAGCAGCUGCUGCCCCAAGGCCCCCAGCCCAAGCUGGUCCACCUCAGCUGCCUGCAUCGCAGAUAGCCCAGCAUCCAGCAUCACAGCAUGCCCAUCCCUCCGCCGUUCACGCCACUCAACCCGCAGCGCCUAUUCCAGCGCCUCAGGUCGCACAACCAAUAGCAGCACCACCAGCAGCAGCACCGCCAGCAGCAGCACCGCCAGUAGCAGCACCACCAGCAGCUGCACCCGCACCCGCGGACAAAAUCGCCGCUCUAAGGGCACGCAUCGCCGAGCUCGAGCGUGGGGACGCUCACGGCAUCCAUAUACCGGCCAGAGCCCCCGCUCCUCAACAAGCUCUGGUAGCGAACCCUGCAGAUGUCGACCGUAUACAAGCAAACCUCGCUGGCACUAAAGACGAGCCUAAACGGCUCGUCUUACCUGCCCUCCAACCAGGGCACAAAGUCAGUGCUCUGAGCUUGCAUAAGUCCGUCUCCACCGUUGUUCGUAUCGCCAUACCCCUCAAAGUCGAGGAGGCUUUUAAGCAAUAUCGCUACGUUCCAUACACAGCUCUCACACACGCAGCUCGCUCGAAGGCUUUCCUGCGUGGAGAGGACUCAGCCUUCAUCUUUACACAAGACAGGCUUGCAGCUAAAGGUCUCGACCGUGCAAACGAGCUCUUAAUUGUAACAGUUGAUUGGAUAGCGGCAGCAAAGGCUGCUGAGGAUAGAACCCUGCACUAUUGGGGCGAGGCUCGGGCGUCAGCCCUUGUAUCUCACCAUCUCGUAGUUCUCGAUAUCAGCCCAAAGAGAAUUGGCUCAUGCCAACCACGAGCAUAA